UGUAUCUUUCAACUACUUGGUUCUCUUUCAGCUCCUUCCUAGUCUGUUCAAUCUCUGAAAUGGCUUCCAAUCUUCUCAGGAUUCAUACUGAAACCAUCAAAACCCCAAACCCAGCAACCCCAUUUUCACACACCAAAACCCUCCACCACCACCACUCCCAGCUCUCAUUCCCUUCAACUCUCCUCAACAAUUCCAGAGCCCUUUGCUCCCUUUCUUCCCCCACCCCACCAAACUCAAAAGAAGCAGCCAUCCAACAAGCCAAGACAUGUCUCACAAAAACCCUAGAGAAGCCCCUCAACAACCUCAGACUCACCAGCAAGCUCAAGAAGCUCAAACAGCCCCGGUUCCGUAUCGAAAUCCCGGUCGCCGACGACUCCCCGGAGUCCCUAUCCCAGCUCGCUCUCCAGUUCUUCCGAGACCUCCCCAUCACAAGAAAAGGCUCCCCGGUCAACAUCGCAGUCCUAUGGCCCGAUAUUGCCUCCACAGAAUCCGCAGUUAAAGCCUUCAGGUCCUCCCCUUCAAGCCCAGUUGAGCAUUUCGACAUUCUCUCAGUGGCCAACGGUAAUACCAGAAUUUCAAACACCGCUGACGUGGCAGUGUUUUUGGCGCCAGACCCGUCCCAAGUGGCGGUUAUGAAAACCGUGGCGGAGUUGCUGUAUCCGAAGCCGGUGAUUAUGUUCAACCCCAAGUGGGGGUUUGAGGCAGAGGGCGAGUUCGGGGAGUUGAGUAGCUUUGUGGGUUCGUUUGAGGUCAUCUUUUCGUUUAUGGGUUUGGAAGUGAAGGGUCUAUUGAGUAAGAGAAAUGGGGUAGUUUUCAAGUGUGUGAAAAAUGGGGUUGUGAGUGGGGAGAAGUGGGCGGUUCUUGUUGAGGAAGAACAAGGGGAGUUGAAGCUGGCUUCGACGUUUAAGACGAGACCUUCCAUUUCUGAAGUGGAGUAUGUUUUGUAUAAUUUGAUGGCCAUGAAUUCGCCUGUAACGAAAUCCGUCAAGUUCUUUAGGGAUUUAGUGUCAAAUGUAACCGGAAAGAAGUAG